AUGCCUCAUUUCAGGAACAAGAAUGUGGAUUAUGCUUCACUUCCUGAAUCAUACAAGUCUAACACACCCAAGGAAAAGCUGGUGUUAUCUUUUUGUGAAAAUUUUAGAAGGCAAUUUGUUCAUCUGUACCGUGAUCGCAAGCCGUUGUUUUUAAAUCCUGUUAAUGAGGCAGGAACAGAGGUAAGUUUAUAUUUAUUUAACAAAAAAACAACAGCAUACAGUGUACAUUAAAUUUAUUAAUUUUUCCUAUUUAAAGAUCUACUGGACUGGCAGUGCUGUCCAAAGAUGGAGGGGUGUUAAUGAAAUUGAAGGUCCCAAGCAAUGUACUACCCUGCCCUCCCUAGCCAAUCCUUCAGCCCAUGAGAGGGUGCAUAGCUUCUGUAGAUGUUUUAGGUAAAAAUAAGUUAUUAGCUUAUACCAGUGUGCAAUCUGGUUUGACUCCUUUGUUUCGUAGCCCUAAUUAUUCAUAGGAGACAAAGACAAUUCUGCUUUAACCAGAAAAUCAUAAAUGGAUUUUGGCAUACAGCAUGAACACUAGGAACGGCUGUUGCAAGGGCUUGUUGCCUGCCUAAUGGUUUCUUUAUUGCUUACAAGAGAGAAAGAGAAAAUAAUAGAUCAGUGAUAGUUUAAGAAUUGGUCCAGGGGAGUGGGGUACAUGUGGCUUGAAAAAUUUCCAGGCACAAAAAUUAAUUUCUGAAAUUAAACCCUGCCUUUAGGGUGAGGUAUUACCAUCUCAUCUUUUAAGGUACAGACUAUAUGCAUACUGGCAUACAGGUUUCUCAGCUCAUAUAGUCAACUGUUUUUUUUGUCAUAAUUUCCCCAAGAAGACCAGAAAGACUAACCAUCUGUAAAUCUCUGAAGAAUAUGCAGCAAAUUCUUCUAAAUUAUCUUCAACCUCAGAGCGUUAGUCCAGUUAAGAAUUGAAUGUGGGCGUACUACACUAAAACUGAAUUCAACUUUAGGUUGAGACUUCCUUAUGUUUUGGCAUAUAUUUUAGGACUUCCUGACCCUCUUUUAAUUUUCAGUGAGUAUUCAUGGGGUGGGUGGGGAUGGAUAUUAUCUGGAGCUGCACAGUGCUCAAAAAUGGAGAUUCUUUAAUUUAGUCUCAUUCUUCUUCACUUUGAAUUAAUCUUCUAUGAUGUACAUAACAUUUCAUUUUUGCUUUUGCAGAAAUUUGUUUGUACAACUAUACGCCCUACACUUUUGCCUUACAAAGAAGUUUAUGAUUAUGAUGGUUGUGCACAGUUUGUAUCAGAUUAUCUAACAUUUGUCUCUUUGGAUCCACCUAUUGACUUAGUAAGUACACUGUAAAUGGGGAAUGUAAAAUCUAUUUAAACCCACAUUUAUGCAGUGUAGUACUGCAGUCAGCUUGUCUGCUGUGUAACACUGAAUGACAAGACCCACAAAAUACAUCUAUCACCCCCUACAGCAGCUGUGGCACAUACCCUUCUGUCAGUGAGAGUAUUUUAAUCAGGUGUCUUAAUUGGAACUCAAUAUUGUUGCCUUCUUUAGAAGUUCUAUGUCUAUUUAAAAAAAAUAAUUAAAAAAAAAAAAUUCAGAGAGUGGGAAUUCAUAAGAGGGAGUGUUCAAUUUUUCUAAGACAGUAUUAAGUAGUAAAAAUGAUAUUAGUAAAGCUUUAACUUCACAGAUUUAACUCUAAUGUUUCCUCCUCAAGAACCAUUGCACUUAUGUCUCUGACUCUUGUACUGUAUAUCCAACUUUUUCACUUGUUCCAGACAAAUAAAUGUUUCUACUAUUUUAUUAAUUUUUUUUUAUACCAGCCUAGUACCUUGGUGUCCCCUACCACUGUGCUGAGGAGCCAAAAAGGAAACUGUUUUGACUUUAGUGUUCUGCUUUGCUCUUUAUUGAUUGGAGCGGGUUAUGAUGCUUACUGUGUUUGUGGAUAUGCAACAAGAGAAACAACACUCACAGAUGAAACACGAGAGAUUUGCCCUCUUCUCAAGAAGAAAGAUGAGGUUAGUUGCUUGAGAAAUAAUGCAUAUGUUGCAGUUAAUUUUUUUUCUUGGGUAAUUUUUGUUUUUCUUUCGUUUUUGGGUAUGGUAAUGUAUGCAAAUGAAGUUGAAACAAAGGAAAAAUAAAAAUUAACUACAACAUAUACACACAUAUAAUUAUGUGGUGUACCUGUAUUUGUCUUUCUGAUUUGAAAUAUCCUGAGUAAUAUUUCAUAAAUUAAGUCUACUGACAUUAUUGACCAAGCUUUGUAUAUAAAGUUAAUCUUAACUUGGCAGGACUUUACAAAUCCGGUCCAGGAUAUUUAAGCCCAAAUCUUGAAGAAAUAGUCUAUUACUUACAGUUAUGAUAAGGAAGGGUGGAAGUUUGGAAAGAAUAUUUUGCAUUAAUUAUACAUUUAUUUUAAAAGGUGACAAAGGAGGAGGUGAAAAAGGAAGUAAAAAAGUACACAGUAAAACCUCCAAAAGAUUUAAGAAGCAAAUUUGAGGCCAAAGUUGAAGCAAAGAAAAAGGCUGAAGAAGAGGAGAAAGAAAGAAAACGGCGUGAUGAAGAGAAUGCAAGAAUUGCAGUGAGUUAAAUCAAUGUGUUUGUUAUCACUCUUAUUUACUAUGUGAUGAAAUCAUAUGCCCAAAAAAACCAGGGGAUUUUUUAUUUUUUAAACUUAUACUGCUACAUGAGAAAUUUCUGCAAUGUGAUUGGCUAAGAGCAGUGGUAGUUCAGCUUAAUUUGAAAUACCUACAUGAGAAAAUUACAAACCUUUUGCGAGUAGUAGUAUAAACAAAUAAUAGCGUGAUUUGUAUGUGAUAUUUGGCAUAAAUACCACUUGGAUAUUUCAAAAUUGUGUCAAAUUUCACUUGCCUCACGGCUUGUGAAAUUAUGGAUAACAAUUUCGAAACAUCGCUCUCGGUACUUAUGCCAAAUAUCACUACAAAUCAUGCUAUUACCUAAUAAGGAGAUACAAAAUAAAAAGGCUUUAAAGUCAUGGUGAAGGUGAUUUUUAGAUUGUUCAUGUUUGGAUGUAGCUUAACAUAUUGGACAAUGUACUUAAUAUUUUUCACAGGUCCAAUAGACCUCUUAAAAACAUAGAGUACAUUGUCCACGGUGUGACAUGACUUACAGUAUGGUAAGUUAGCGGUGGCUCACCUAUAAACCAUGCUCUCUGUUCUUAUGUGUUUUCCACAGAGACACAACCUAGCUUCACAUUAUUUAUUUGGAUUUUAAUUAGUGAAACGCAAUUCAGCUUAUCUUGAAAUGCAAUCAUUUACUUUACCAAGGGUCACCUACAUGUAGCAAGGGCAGCUCCAGAAUAUUCAGAAAGAGGGGGCUGGUAGAUUUGAUAGCUAUAUGGGUCUUUUUAGUUGGCGUCAGUGGAACUCUGAGAUCAUCUUUGUCCAAGAAUUAAGGCUCUAGAAGACAGAUCUUACCAAGAAUUUUUUAAAAUUUUAACACAAUGUCACACAAAAAGGGUGUGGCCCCAUCCAGCCACCUGCUGCUUUUGCAUGGUAGCAUCCAAUUUAUUUUUUUUAUUGAGUUGCACAGAGUUGCUACAUUUUGAAAUUAAUUGUUAUUGAAAUGUUUUCUUUUUUUAAGGAAUUUGAAAAACCGAAGCCUGACAAGCUACAUGGUUUAAGGGUGCACUGUUGGGUCUUAGUUCUUUCUGGGAAACGUGAAGUUCCCGAGAGUUUCUUUAUAGAAACCCUGACAGGAAACUGUCAUCCCUUAACACACAGUGCAUAUCUUGGUAUUGAGAGUGUAUGGAACCACAAGAACUACUGGGUCAACAUGCAGGACUGUUCACACGGAGUUCAGGUACCUCUUUAAGUUUAGUGUGCCUAGUACAUGGAUCUUUUCCCUAGUUAGACUGCAAGACAACGGUCAUUGUGGGUUGGUUAUGAACGAGCACAUGGUGCGUCCCAAGAAAAAAUUGGACGUUUGAUCUUGGCCUCAAAUUUCUUUUGAUCAUGUAUUAAGCAUUUUAUAAUGCGUGUAAGCCUCUCUGAGAAGCAGCAAUGAGGGACAUCUUUGUCAAAAUUACCACAAGCUCCAUUAGAAAAUUUGCAUAAAAUUUGUACCCCAAAAUUAGCUCUGAACUAUCACCCCAGUUCUGUUAACUACUGCUUUAGCUACUGUACUCAUUUUAAAGUAACUAGGAGUAAUUAGACUCAGUUACUUCAAUUUAUGUAGUAUAGUUAUUUUACUGUGUCUUUAGAAAUGUCGUAACAAAAGGUGAAUACUUUGACACUUGAUAGGACCUAGUGUAUGAUCUAGGUGAUGCAUCCAAGUGGGAGUUCAUGUUCUCCACAACAGACAAACCACUACUGCUGAUACCAACUUUAGAUGAAGCUGAUCCGUUAGAAAUCGAUGACGAUGAGGUACUGUCUCUGCCGGCCGGUCUCUAUCCAGGUCCUUCUCUCUCCAUACAAGAGAUUUUAAGCACCCGAUACUGCGACUGCUGCAAGAACAGCUCACAAACAUUACAAUUGCCUCUGCCGCCCGUGUGUUUUAUAUGUUUUGUGCAUUUCUGAGCUGUUCUCUUCAUAACAUGAGAUCGUGAACACACCACGUUAACGUUUUGUUCUCUUUGUUAACCUGAAAACUUUCAUCACGAAUUUACCUCCGGACAUUUCAUUCAGGUCGGAACAAAUAAAAAUAAAUAUUAUAUUUGCAAGCGAGCUUUAAACAACUCUUUUAUCCUUCUUGUCUACUACAGCUUAAGCUUGUCAUACCUUAGCCAGUAUUAUUUUUAAGGUUGUUGGCCUGUUUGGUUUUCAGAAUGAUGACGAUGGUUCUGAUUUUGACCUGCCUCCUUCUUGGGUUUCUCCUCUAGAAAUAUCCCUCAAAGGUUAGCCAACCACCAUUUUGCUUACUUUCCUGCAAAAACAGCACUUUUCUCACUUCAUGCAUAAUUAGUCCUAACGCGGGAAAAAAGAAACUCUUCUGAUUCAAUCAUGUCGGGCUUGCGUGCAUCGCGUCCCUCAACUAGAACUUCACGGUUUUACCUAGCUCUUGGCCGCUGAUUCAAUGGAGUUCAGUGAAUCAUGUGACCUCGAAGUUUCACCCCCUCCACCUCUCCACCCACGAUAAUCGGCAUGAUGCCUCUUUCCCUGCCGUCGCGGUUUUCCCUCAAAGCUUAGUUCCUCGUGCCGGGGUAAUAGGUAUGAAGUGCAAAUAUAGACCACUGCGAAAAAUACCAUAAUAUUCUCAAAUUGCCGUUUGGGUAGAGCUUCAUGAUCCUAAUCUUCUUUAUCUAUUUUACCUUAACUGUAGAGUUUCAAACAAGAUGCCCGUACGGGAAAAAGACAAAGCUGUACAAGAAAGCAAAGCUGGAGAAAUUUGCUGAAUAUCUGAUCAAAGAUGGUCUGGUGUCCAGUUUGGGAAGUUACAACGACUACGAAUGUAAGCAUACUCCAGUUCAAAAUAUCACAGUAUAAAUGAAUUGUAACAAUGAAACAAAGGAAAGAGCUUUGAUUCAGUCACAAAUAGUGGGGUUGAAAAAACUGCCGACCCUUAAUCAGCCUCGAGGUGUUUUAAUUCCUGGAGAAACACUUUUCGAGUGUUUGAUGUCCCAACCAGUGAAAAAUACAGUAUUGGGAAAACUCUCACUAAAAAGGAGAUCAAGCACCUUUUAUGGCAGGUAGGUAGUUUUCCAUUUAUCCUGUUCGUGUUUUAUAAACGAUUUUCAGGGGAUACGGACCUUAGACGCCUCUUCGGUUUACCCGCUCAGAUUUGGUGUACCCCAGGGGUCCGUAUUGGGUGGGUGACCUAAUACGAUGGCGUGAUAUGAAGUUUCAUCUCUAUGCUGAUAACACUCAACUGUGUACCACCUUUAGUUGUGAUGAUGGCGUGGGAUUCAACACUGCAAUUUCCCAGAUUGGAAACUGUCUUGCUGAUAUCACUAACUGGAUGACUACAAACAAACUAAAACCAGUAAAAUAUAGUAAAUACUGAUAAAACGGAACUUCUCACCCUUCAUUCUAAGUUCAGACUGCCCCCACGGCUUCCAUCGAUACAUCUUUUGUGCGUAGGUUUUUGCAAGAUUUUAAUAACGUUUUUGGUAAUUAUCAAGAAAAAUUAAUAAUAAUAAUAAUAAUAAUAGUAAUAAUAAUAAAAAACACGUUCACACAUUGAUACUUAACUGAAUAUUUGAUUUCAGUGAAAGACAUGAUCGAAAAACGAGAAGUGUUCAAACACAGGAUUGACAAACUGGAGACUAAAGUACAUAACAUGACAACCGGACUCAUUACAGAAUACUUUGCACCUGGCAGACCGGACUGUCUUAAAGGUAUUCUGCAUCUCUGCUUUUACAUGUACGUUUCCGAUUUAUUUUCAUGCAUAUAUCAGACUUAUUCUGGCUAUACACCAUGUGUAUUACAAGUGUCUGUCUUCAAGAGUUGACUGCCUUAUAGACAGUCAAGGAAAUGAAGCAGCAACCACUGCGCCAAUAGCCUGCGAACGCAGACAUAUUUCCGGUCGUCACUUUUCUCCACCUGAAAAGUACCUUUUCGGGAGUAAGGGACGUCCGAAUUACAUCUGCGUUUUCAGGUUACUGUACCAACCCGAACGUAUACAUUUCAAAUGAGUCCGUUUUAUGCAGGUUUAUAAAGGUUUCUACUAAAAGACAACUGUCCCGGUGCUCCUUUUUUUAAAUCGUUGGAAAUUAGUGACAUCGUUUUGAAAUCACUUCAUUUUAAAAUCUUGAUGCCUAACUCCUAGCGCAAUUAGUUGAUCUUGGCGUGAAAUAGCAUCAGUAUAUCUCGGAGCCAAAUUUAAUUUUUUUUUUAGUACAGGGAUAUUUAAGUUUUAAUUGUCUCUAUUUGUAGAACACACCUUCAAGGCGAAUUCACCGGGUCCAGAAUCUGACAGAACUAUGACAUUCUACUCCAGGUGUGGUUGAUUUUAUCUCGCCCUUUUUCUAUAUUGUACGGGACCAUGUGUCCUAUUGUAUACUAAACUUGACUUUGUGUGGCUGAUGAAAUAAAUGGUGAAUAAAUGAAUAAAUAAAUAAGGGUGAGGUUGUUUUAUUUGGGACAUAAACGUGCCAAAAGGAUUGUUGGGCUAAUAAUUAUUACUGGAUGUUCCUAAAACAACUGGUUGGCUGAGGAUAGCUGGUCAGUGGCGGGAGAAAGGGUGUCAGUCUCAAACUAAAGUCAAGAUGAGAGUAAAAAUCGCGUGAUUGUGAGAUACACUUGAAUUCUCACACUUUCACCUCCCUGGUGUCGCCUAUGUCCGUUAUUAAGAUUCUUCCUUUAGGGCUAACUAGCUUCUGACCGUUUUCAGCGCCCGUAUUGACGGAUUAGUGAAGCGUGAAGAAUCUCCCGAAGAAAUGACAGAAGCAUAUGUUGACAGAGACGAUUUCAUGUACUUUCGACUGGUGACUUUCGGCAAGCGAGUGAAAAAAUUUGGACCUCAAGAACCCAAUAACAGGCCAAUUGUGGUAGGUCCUUAAAAAUAUUCGAAUGAUCAGGUUUAGAUUUAUUUUGUCACUUCAAAAUGAUGUCAAGGCGACAUCAAAACGCUGUGAAAAAUGUUUUGAUAUUCAAACUAUACGUUUUGAAAAACUUUUUCGCAAGGGUGGUGGAAUUUUUGCACUUGAGGGAAAGAUACUGGACAGAUGACUGGUAAAGCACUUUAACUGAAGAACGCUUUUGCAUCUUUUAUAUACAGCUAUUUCGAGAAAGGUUAUCGGAUAAAGUGCACGCGACAACCCCGAAAGGUAUUGUGGGUGGUUUUGAGUUCAUUGUUUUUCAAAGAAAUUUGAAAGAACGGCAGGAGGGACCAUGGAGAUAUGUCUGUGAGUGCUAAAGAAAAGCAACCAAAGUAGGUUCGACAGCUACAGUGUCAGGAGCUGUGUUUUGAACAUAUCCCAUAUUACCUUUCGGGAUUAUCGCGUGCACAUUUUUUCCGACAACCUUUCUCGAAAUGGCUGUAUACUUAAUGUAAAAGUGUCAUGGCCAGGAGAUUUUUUAAUUACGUUAUAUCUUCUAACAGAAAAUAGUGGAACGAUUUCACCGCAAUAAGACUAAAGAAGCAAAUGAAGAUGUGGCUGAAAGAGUCUUCCUCGUCUCUGAUGAAAGAAUUAACUUAACGUUUCACUUAGAGGAUAACAGGGUUACAGCUUCGACUCGGGAAUUCAUUCGCCCCCCUCAUACAACAGAAAAAGGAGGAACACUCACAAUGACCCCUGAUAUGACUACCACUUUUCAAGUGAGUUGAUUUAUUAAUUAUUAUCGUAUGCCUUUGUUUCUGUGUUAGUUAUGUAGGCAGUUAUCAGUGUCUGCGUAGGCAGUUAUCAGUGUCUACGUUGUAACAUCGCAGUUCAUUCAUUUUUGUCCCAAGCUGACAUACCAUUUACUUUAUAAAGCUCAUCUUCGUUCAUUCCUGUCACGGAAACAUUAAAGCUCACUAAACUGACUAAUAAAUAAAUAAGGGUGAGGUUGUUUUAUUUGGGACAUAAACGUGCCAAAAGGAUUGUUGGGCUAAUAAUUAUUACUGGAUGUUCCUAAAACAACUGGUUGGCUUAGGAUAGCUGGUCAGUGGCGGGAGAAAGGGUGUCAGUCUCAAACUAAAGUCAAGAUCAGAGUAAAAAUCGCGUGAUUGUGAGAUACACUUGAAUUCUCACACUUUCACCUCCCUGGUGUCGCCCAUGUCCGUUAUUAAGGUUCUUCCUUUAAGGCUAACUAGCUUCUGACCGUUUUCAGCGCCCGUAUUGACGGAUUAGUGAAGCGUGAAGAAUCUCCCGAAGAAAUGACAGAAGUAUAUGUUGACAGAGACGAUUUCAUGUACUUUCGACUGGUGACUUUCGGCAAGCGAGUGAAAAAAUUUGGACCUCAAGAAGCCAAUAACAGGCCAAUUGUGGUAGGUCCUUAAAAAUAUUCGAAUGAUCAGGUUUAGAUUUAUUUUGUCACUUCAAAAUGAUGUCAAGGCGACAUCAAAACGCUGUGAAAAAUGUUUUGAUAUUCAAACUGUACGUUUUGAAAAAUUUUUUCGCAAGGGUGGUGGAAUUUUUGCACUUGAGAGAAAGAUACUGGACAGAUGACUCGUAAAGCACUCUAACUGAAGAACGCUUUGCAUCUUUUAUAUACAGCUAUUUCGAGAAAGGUUGUCGGAUUAAGUGCACGUGACAACCCCGAAAGGUAUUGUGCGUGGUUUUGAGUUCAUUGUUUUUCAAAGAAAUUUGAAAGAACGGCAGGAGGGACCAUGGACAUAUGUCUGUGAGUGCUUAAGGAAAGCAACCAAAGUAGGUUCGACAGCUACAGUGUCAGGAGCAGUGUAUUGAACAUAUCCCAUAUUACCUUUCGGGAUUAUCGCGUGCACAUUUUUUCCGACAACCUUUCUCGAAAUAGCUGUAUACUUAAUGUAAAGGUGUCAUGGCCAGGAGAUUUUUUAACUACGUUAUAUCUUCUAACAGAAAAUAGUGGAACGAUUUCACCGCAAUAAGACUAAAGAAGCAAAUGAAGAUGUAGCUGAAAGAGUCUUCCUCGUCUCUGAUGAAAGAAUUAACUUAACGUUUCACUUAGAGGAUAACAGGGUUACAGCUUCGACUCGGGAAUUCAUUCGCCCUCCUCAUACAACAGAAAAAGGAGGAACACUCACAAUGACGCCUGAUAUGACUACCACUUUUCAAGUGAGUUGAUUUAUUAAUUAUUAUCGUAUGCCUUUGUUUCUGUGUUAGUUAUGUCGGCAGUUAUCAGUGUCUACGUUGUAACAUCGCAGUUCAUUCAUUUUUGUCCCAAGCUGACAUACCAUUUACUUUAUAAAGCUCAUCUUCGUUCAUUCCUGUCACGGAAACAUUAAAGCUCACUAAACUGACUCCAACAUUAGCUUAAGGAAGCCUAUUUUAGGGUUCCUAGUCAUACUAACUUACAAUUAACACCUUUUUUAACGUCUUAUUGUUUUGUUAUGUGAGUUACUAAAAAACAAAUAAAUCAAUAAAUUGGUCGCUUUACAACUCGGUUAGAUAGAGCAGCGCACGUUAACUCAUGGGGUCUCGUCAGUUAUGAGCCUUGAUUUUUUUAGCCUUCGUUCUCUGAUUGCUCAAAUUAGUUAACAGUUGUACUGUGAUCACUCGGACAGGUAGACCCUCUGAUUAAGCCCCAUAAAAACUUGCAUGUUUAUGAGAUGCUGGUGGAGCUUGUGGAUGCUGAGGAACAAAGCACGAAUCAAAUACGAGCAUCAGAGGAAGAGGUAUGGUUACUUGGUUACAUGUAUUCAGAAUACAAAAACUUCAAGCGGAAUAAACUUCUCCAGUUUGGUAUGAUUUUUGAUUGUCAUUAGUCUUUCUUUUUGUUUGUGGAAACAGCUCAAAGUAUGAAAUUUAAGUGACCUUUUCUUUAUUUUAAUUUCGCUGUUUUCAAGAAGGAAGUUAUACAAAAUAUAUGCUCCAGGAUACGAUUAAUUGAAACUAGGUUCAUUAGCGUCAAGAAAGAAAGCCUCUCCUGUCUUUUGAUAAGUAAAUGGAGCCACAAAUCGUAGCAAGAACAGCUCUUUUUCUGCUCUAUCUUACCUCGGUUCUACAGGGGCUUGCUUGGUACUUUUCUACCCUGGAUUUAGCAACUGGCUAUUGGCAAGUCGAGCCUGAAAUAUAAUAAAUAAUCACAUUUUUCUCAUUGACCUUUAGUCUUCCUCAUAUUCCCACACACAGAACUACAGACGUUAUGCGGCACCCUGUUUCAUUACAAGUAACUUCGUAUAUGAAUUUCGGCUCAGAAUUAAUUUGCUUUUUUAGGUAAAGGAAAUUCUGCAACAGCGAAUCAAGGAAGAAGCAGCAUCGCAAUUAAGCGUAUCGGUGUACGAUACUGAAAGAAACGAGAAAGCCAAGCUACAUCGCCAGGAACUGGUAAAACAAAUAACCUCAUAUAAGUGUUAUUUAUUUGUUUUUUAACACUGAUAAAUUACUGAUGUUUUUGUCAAAACAUCGAACAAUCUUUGCACAACAACAUCGAAGUGUGUUAAUAUACGGAAAAACGGGUAACAAAAAACAUGCAACUUGUUUUGCAACAUUGCUGCAAAACGAGUUGAAUAGCAAUGUUGCCCGUUUUACCAGCCACAUCAAACCUGUCUUACAACAAAUCUGGUUGAUAACAGGUUUGAACAUGGGUUGUAAAACGCGCAACGUCGCUGUUUAACACGUUUUGCAGCAAUGUUGCAAAACAAGUUGCAUGUUUUUUGUUACCCGUUUUUCCGUAUAUUAACACACUUCGAUGUUGUUGUGCAAAGAUUGUUCGAUGUUUUGACAAUUUUUUUGUUGUCCGUUUUUCGGUACCUAUUUAACACCAAUGCAAGAAUCGCUGCGCUUCAGUUUCACUGUCAAUGUCUGCCUAAAUUUAUUCUGCCUUAAGUAGAAAUUCGCAUGUAACAAUAGUAAAUGAACAGGACAGAGCGCGAACGAAUGGUUCGGAUUUGGGGUUUAAUCUUCGUUGUAGUUUUACGUAGAUGAACAGAAAGAAACAUAUUUGUUGACUCCAUUAUGGUGAAAUGUUUUGUGUGCAAUGACACCUGCAUUGAUUUGUGAAAAACGUUAUUGUCACGGGCUUGCCUUAAUGAAUUGAAGUUUAUUUAUUCCAGGAACGUAAAGCAGCGGAGGAAGCAAUGAAGAAACAUGAAUUAGAGUUGGAUUACUUGGCACCGUUUCUGGCUCAGAUUGGUGAUCCGCCUCACAUUAGCAAACAGGAGGCUUACAAACUAAAUGAGGAAUGUCUUCAAGAUCUUAAACAUCGCCUUAUUGACAAGGCAAACCUCAUACAAGCAAGGUUUGAGAAGGUUGGUAUUAUGAAGAUGGAAGUUAUUCUAACAGUAUGUAGCUUUCUGUAAGAACGUAAACGCUUGCCACAGGAACAAAACAAAAUUGUAACAAAAUCAUUUAACAAGAUUUCCGCGUCAAAAUGGAUUAAUUGUGCCCAGUACGGGUAUAUCUGGUGUGGUUCAAUUUGAUCCUUGGUUUAAAUUGUAUUUCUCUUUGUGUUAACCUCAUUAUCGUACAUUACCAUACCCUUAAACAAAGGAAGAUAAAAUUGAACAUACUGUUUACCCAUCGUUUGUGUUAUUAUUCCUCAGGAAACACAAGAGCUACAACGAAAACAAAGUUGGUAUCAACAGAAUCAGGUUUCUAUGACAAAAGAAGACGAAGAAGAAUACCUUAACUUCUGCAGCGAAGCCAUGUUUAGGAUCCAUAUCCUAGAACAGCGACUUAACAGGUAUUGUCAACAGGAGAUCUAGUAAUUUGUGGUCUCCAGAAAUACUGGUAUCCCAACUGUCGGCGCACUGGCAGGUUGUGGCAUUUUCCUCGAAUCAGUAAAAGUGACGGAAAGAAAGAUUCGCCUUAUAGGGGCCAAGCUAGAAAUUUUCAAGUGGUAUGAAGAGUUUCUCAAAUCACCCCUACCCCGUCUCCCAAAUCUUUUUUUUUUUUACACGGGCGCAUUAUUAAAUCUCGUGGUCAUAGAAACGUGUUUUUCAAGCAGCAGUUAAAGUUUUCGCCGGUGACAAAAUUGUAGAACAUAUUGUAUUUGUUUUGAAAAAUAUCUGAGAGAAGUUUUAAAAGUGGAGUUGAAUGGGCAAUUGGGUAUCCCUUACCGUUUGUUCAUUUUGUCUGCUUUGUUUUUCUAUUCUUCUUCUUUUUUUUUUAUCCCCGAUAUUUUUUAGGUACACAUGUGCGCACUGCGUACUAGCACACACGUCGUUACCUACCACCCCUGUCAUAUACUUUCAGCAGUUAAGAAGGAAACCGUUGUAUGGUGAGUUAUAUGUAUUGUACUUUUUUCCCCUAGGCACAAAGAGCUGGCACCACAGAAGUAUGUUCAACUGGAACAAAAACUGAGGAACGACCCAAGACUAUCCGAAUAUUUCUAA